CAAGAGAUUUGUCAAAAGAUUUCACAAUAUAUGUUAUAUGAAAAUGAUACAAUGUCAUUUCAAAACUGCAGAUGUUCAACGCAUUCCCGAUAAGUUAUGCAAUAUCGAGAAAAUUGACAUUGUAAGUGGACGUAGAUUAUACGACUUCAGUAUAGUUGGCGCUCACCAGGCCUGCAACCACACGUGCCCGACAUUUUUUUUGGACACAUACGACCCAGCGUGUGCACAAAUCUGGGCCCACAACAUGCAGAGCUACGUCUACAGACCCAUGAUCAACCACUGUCACAUUGAUUUGUACUCUUGUGUUGUUGGAGUUAAUGUCACCAUUCAACCUUUAAUCGGUAAAUGUUACAAAAACCCAUCCGCAAUAAACUUCAUGUUCAACGUGGCGUCGUUAAAAACACUCAAACUCCUCGACGAGCCGUCGUCGCAACCGAACGCAGCCAGAUCCUCCCGAAGAGCUCAUGUACACCAAAUUAUUAAAAAGGAAAUUAACGAUUUCCUCUACAAGCUCGAAAACCGAGUUCGAACGGUCGGUUAAUAAAGUCCUUACGAAUUGUC